UCCGGUCUCCUUUUGACAGGUGGAUCCAAAAUCACCCUUCACUUGUCAUCACUCUAACCCUACCCUACCAACCCCACCCCCAACCACCGCACCGCCGUACUCUCACGGCGGCCCAACACCCCAAUUUUGUUGAAGCAACCGUCGGCUCUCAUAAUCUUCGACGGAAACAUAUUUUUUUUUUGGAUUUAAUAAAGCAGCCGUCGAACAGGAGCUUCUUGGUUAUAUUACCAAGAUAUAACAACUCUUAGUUGCAGAUAAUUUUUGUCUUCAUAUCGGUAUCUCAUCCUGUGGUUUCAUGGGGACAGGGGAAGAACGCUCACCCGCAAAACAAUCCAAACCUACUUCAACUCAGGAGACACCUCCAUCCACAUAUCUUGAUUGGUCAAGCUCUAUGCAGACUCUAAAUUGUGACUCUGGAGUUGUUCCGUCUUUCUUUGUCUCAUCAACUGUUACGCCUCCGGUUCCUCAUCCAUAUAUGUGGGCAGGCCAGUAUCCCAUGAUGCCACCUUAUGGGACUCCCGUUCCGUACCCGUCUGUAUACCCGCCAGCAGGCGUUUAUGGUCAUCCUAGUAUGCCGAUGCCAAACACAGAAAUGGAAACAAAGGCCUCUAACGGGAAAGUCAAGGUCAACAAAAAGUCAAAGGGGAGUCACGGAAAUGUCAACGAUACUGGUGUUAGGGCUGGAGAGAGUGGGAAGACAGCUUCGAGUUCAGGGAAUGACGGUGCCACACAAAGUGCCGAAAGUGGAAAUAACGGUUCAUCUGAUGCAAAUGAUGAGGAUACCCAACAGGAACAUUCUGGAAGCAAAAAGGGAAGCUUCCAUCAGAUGCUUGCGGACGGUAGUUCUACAUACUUAUCGAAUGCACGAAACAACAAUCAUGUAGCUUCUAUGCCUGCUACCACCAAUCUUUAUAUGGGGAUGAAUAUGUGGACCCCACCUACUGGAUCUGUGUCACAACCGGUGACCCCGCCACCGAUAAUGGCUGAUCGGUGGGUUCAGGAUGAACGAGAAUUGAAAAGGCAGAAACGGAAGCAAGACAACAGAGAGUCGGCUAGAAGAUCAAGGAUGCGCAAGCAGGCUGAGUGUGAAGCGCUACAAGCAACAGUAGAGACGCUAAAUAACGAGAAUCACUCACUUAGGGAUGAGCUGCAGAGGCUUUCUGAGGCAUGUGGGAAGCUUACAGCUGAAAAUGAUUCGAUAAAGGAUGAGUUAACCCGGUCUAUUGGACCUGAAGCUGUGACAAAACCGGAUGCACAACUUGAAUCUCAAACCAACGAAGGCGACAGUUGACAAGAAAGUUAUUCGAUUAAGUCAACAACCAUUUUUUAAGGGAUUUUGACUAUAGGAUUAAUCAAGGAAGUCGUUAACAUUUUGUUAUAGAAUCUCUGGUCCUGAUGCUUGGCGUUGUACAAGUUAAGAUUAUACCAGGAAUUAGGUCAGAAUUAUGUGCUCAUUUUAGGGGUGAGCAAGUUUAGGUCCGGACCGAAAAUAAGCGAGAACCGAACCAAAAAUAUACCUAACCCGACCCGAACCCAAGUACCUAGGUAUUUAGAUCGGUUCCUAUUUUUCAUGUAAAAUAGGGUCGGGUCGGUUCUCGGUUCUUUUCAUGGUAAAACCCGACUUGGACCUAUGAGCCUCAUUUUUAACUUUCACAAAUUCAUUCUUCAAUGAAUAUUAUAGCCAUAUUGUGUGAGA